AUGCUCAAUAUAAUUAACCAAGGUGCACAAAAUGCAUUUAGAGUUUAAGGUUUGAAGAAAAGAACAUCAAUUCAUGUUUAAAAAGACAAAAGGUUAAACUUUAGAAAAAUAAAGGGAAAAUUUGUAUUUGAACCUUCAAAAACAAUUUAAGCUUAAUUAGAUGAUUUUUUUGUAUCUAUAAGUGCAAUCAUAAUUUUAGUUGAUGCUAAAGAAAAAUGGAUGGGAUAGGAAAUUAGGGUUCAAAGGAUUUAAAGGUACUUUUAAAGUUGAACAUCUGAUCAUGAUUGAAACAAAACUAAGAGUUUUAUAUCCUUUAAGAGAGUUAACAAUAGUAGACACAUAGAUGGAUAAAGAGCAUUUAAUUAUAUUAAGAUAAUGGCUUGCUUGGCUUUAACCAAAAAAGUUGACUCUUGAAUUUUAGCAAAAUGAAAUUGAUGAUGAAGAUUUCGAGGAAUUUAUUUAUUACUUCUUUGAAAGAGAUAUUGAUCUUAAGAGAGUAUUUACAUAUAAUUUAUUUAGCUCUAUAUAAUCAGUAAUCCAGGAAUUUAUAAAGGAUAAUUACUAAAAUAACUUAAAGUAUAUUUAAAAGAAAGAAAUGAUAAGAAUGAAUAUUAUGAAUAUGAAUUGUUGAUGAAUAAAGAUUCAAAAUCUAUUGCAAUUAUAAAACUAGAAAAAAUGUGGACAAACUAAGAAAAGAAUAAUAUCAUUUAAUAAGCACGAGAUAAGAUUGACUAAACAUGCUUUUAUUAUUUUGAUUUAUAAAAUUGCUUUACCGAUAAGAAUUAUUAAGGUUUCGAACAUUUAAUUUAAUUGACAUAUGAUUUAGACAAUUUGGAAUAAAUUUGUGGUUUAAAUAUAUCAGAUAAUUAUCUUGGAACUCUAAAUAGUUUUUAAUAGACUUGCCAACACUUAUCUACUGCAAAAGGUUUACUUGAAUUAAAAAUUUAAUCCUAAAAAUUAUUAGAUUACUCAACUAUAGUAACCUCUUUAGUUGGGGAUAGAUAUGAUAAAUUAAGAGUCAAUGUAUUUGACAUAUCCAAAAAUAGUUCAAUAUUAGAGAAGACAUUUGGAAUUUUGGCAAAUGAAAUACUUUUGCAUUGUUAAGAGAUCAUUUUUGAUAGUGUCUUAAUUUAACAAUUAAGCACAUUAUAUAAAUUGAGUUUUUUAGCUGAAGCAGUUAAAAAUAGAACUGAUUAUUUAAAAAAAUUAAGUGAAAAAAGUAAAUACAUUUUUAUUCUUAGGUGGUAAAUUAAUUAAACAUAACUUUAAGAAACUAAAUUUAUCCUCAGUUGAAAACUAUAAUAGACACGAUCUAGUAGAAAAGUUUCUUGAAAGCGUGGUAUUUACUGAGCAUACCAAUAUUAAAUUAUUAUGUAUUACUUAUUAUUAAUUUAUUUUUAUAGAUAUCUAAAAUUGCGAUAUAGGUAGAAUAGAGGCUUGGACAAACACUUUGAUAAAAUUUAAGGAAAGGAUUUAAAAAGAGUAAUAAAAAAAUCCAUUGCUCGAAGAUUACAAAUUACCUAUAUAAACUAUGAUUAUGCCAAAUUAAACUUAUAGAAUGGAACCAUAAUAUAUUAAAAAGUUUUUUUAUGAAUUCUUUUUUACGAAAAAAGGGGACAUUUUAUAAAUAUAAAAUUUUGAAUUGGUGAAAUGUUUUAGAUAAAAUGGGAGAGAAGAAGGAAUUUUGGAAACUUGUUAGGAAAUAUAUAAGAAAAUAGAAAGUGGAGAUGAAUCAAUGAAAAAUGUUGAAUACACUUUAAAAAAAUUAAAAUUUUAAGAAACAACUUGUGACUUUCGUUUAGAGUUAUUUAAAUGCUUAAUUCUAACUAAUCAUUUCAAAUUGGAAGAAUUAGUUGUUGAAAAUGAGGGUAUGUCUGAUAGCUUUUCAGCUUAUAAAGAUGCUACAAUAGCUUAUCUCUAAAAAUAACCUUCUAGUUUUAUUCAUAGUUUAACUUCACUUUAAUUUAUUGAUUUGUCCGAUAUGACUUUUGAAAUAUUUUAAUUUUUAGAAAUAUUUGUGUAUCAUGAUUAAAUUAGAUUGAAAAAGUUAGUUUUAAAAAAUUUACAAUUUGAAUAAAAGGAUGAGAAUAAAUAAACUUUUUAAUAAAUUGUCGAUAGCAAAGAUCAAGAAUAAUUUUAACUUUCAAUAAAAGAAUUGCAUUUAGAGUCAAUAAAUGAAGAUUCAGCUUAAAUUAAUUUUAUUAAAUAUGUAAUUUUUUCAAAGUUUUAAAGGAUAGAGAAAUUAAGAUUAGGAACUUUUAAAUUUGAAAUGCUUGCUGAAUAAAUUACAUAGAUUUUAUAAGAAUAAUCAAUUUUAAAUUAAAAUCAAUAAUAGAACAAUUAAAAUGAUAAUCUUAAUGAAAAUUCUUAAGAUAAACCUAAAAAUAAUGAAAAAUAAAUAAACCCAACUGAUAAUUAGAAGAAGAAAAAUCAUAAUAUUUUUGAAAAUUUAAAAUAUUUAUAUCUAAGCGAAAUUGCAAUUACUACUUAAAAACCAUGGAAUAUUAUUUUACAACAGAUUAUAUUUAAUACUCAAAUUAAAAUUUAAGAAUUAGUUUUACAAAAGAUUAAUCUAGAUGAGAAUUUCAUAAAAGCUUUGGAUGAAGCAACUAAGUCUUUAAUUGAUUAGUAAUUAAAAGAUAAUUUAGAACAGAUUUAGGAUACUUAAGAUCAAUUGUUAUAAUAUGACAAUUUAUAAGUUGACUUACAAUAAGACUUAAUACUGAAAGGAAUAUUUGAUUUGAAAAAAUUAACCCUUAUCGAAUGUAAAACAGAUAAGGAUAUUUUAACUCCUUUUUUAAUUCUCGGCACUUUAACUGAAUUGACAUUUAAAUCAUGCGAUGGGCUAAAUAAAUCUAUUUAGGAUACAUAAGAAAUAUUUAAAAAAAACCCUAAUUAUUCAAAAUUCAAUCUUAUUUCAAUUGAAACUUUUGUAUUAGAGAAAAUUAAUUUAGAAGAACAAUAAUUUUAAUGGUUUUUAGAUGAAGUGAUUUUUAAUAAAGAUAGAUAAUAAGUCAAGCAUAUUACUUUAAAUAGUUGUAGUCUGAAUGAUAAUUUAUUGAAUAUUUUAUCUAAUCAAAUAAAAAAAAUUAAGAGUAUUGCAACAUCAUUUAGGAGAUAUUAUAAUUUGAGAUCAAUAAAUCUUUAAGGUAACCCUAAUAUUGGUGAAGCUGCAUGGAUAGAUUUUUUUAAUAAGUUGAUGGAAUAAAAAGCUCAAAUUUAACUUGAGUAAAAUUAGAAUGAUGAUCAAAAUAAAAAAAAGGAUCUUUUUAUUAUACAAAGUGAUAAUGAAGAAAAUGAAGAUGAACUUAAUUCUAAAAAUGUCUUAAAUCAUCCAAAAGAAGAUUAACCUAUAGAAAAUGAAGAUUUAUAAUAAAAAGAAGAUAGAAUUGAAAAAAUGAUUAAUUCUAAUUCAGAAUAUGUUUAAAAAACUGAACUUUAAAUUAAAGAAAAAAUAAUCAAUAAUUUUUAAAUAUUUAAACCUUAAUUUCCUUCAAAUCUGCUUGAUAUUUCAAUUAAUCUUGAAUUUAAUAGUAUUACUUAAUAAGAGAAAAAGGAUAAACUCUAUUACAAUAUUAUAGUUGGUUUAAUAAUUAAUGUUGAAAGCUAAAUUGAGUCCAUAAAACUUUAAAAUGUUGACUUAAGUAUGUUUAUGUCUAAUGUUUAAAAAGCUCAGUAAUUAAUACAAAUACUUGUAAAUAAUUGUUAUAAAAAUAAUGUAAAAGAUUUUAAAAGUAAAAUUAAUAAAAUAGAUUUUAAUGUUAAAACUGCAAAUGAGAAUGAUAUCAAAUUAUUUAUAAAAACAUUUAUUUGUUCUACUCAUGUUUAAUUAAAACAUCUAGAAUUAUCUGGAUUUGACAAUCAAGGUAUUGUUUCAUAGAUCAUAAAUUAAUUGCCUAAUAGAACUGAAUAUGUAUUGGAGAUUUUAAAGUUGAAUUUCAAAGAAAAAUUAAUUGAAGGAGAAACAUUUUAAUUUUUUGAAAAAGUAAUUUUAGGAGGUGUUCUACCUAUAAAAGUGCUAUAAAUGAACAAAGAAAUUUAAUUCUCACCUGCUUAUUUUUCAGAGCUUAUGUUCAAUCAACAAAAUAUUCCUUUAGAACAAUAUAUUAUUUCAGUUAAUGAUGAGGAAGAAUAGUUAUAGAUUCAUUCUUAAAUAUUAGAAUUAUUAUUUCAAUUCAACAGCAAAUUAAAAAAAUUAGAUAUCACAAAAAACAAAGAUAUGAAUAAGCUUUUAGAAAAGAUGAUUGAAAACAUAAUAUAAAAUAAAAAUUCUUAGUUUUAUUUAGAAGAGCUUAAUUUAAUAGGAUAAAUAAAAGUCGAUGUUAAAUUUUUAGAUUUUAUAUUUUUAACACUAAAAAGUAUGAAAUAAUUAAAACUUGAUGAUUUGAUCUUAGAUAAUAAAGAAGAAAUUGAGAAUUUUUUUUUAAACUCUAAAUAAGAAUUUUAGUUAAGAGAAGAUAGUUUAUUGAAUGUAAAAAAACUAAAAGGUGAUGGAUUGCCAUCUUUUCUUGAUAAUUUUGUAUUUAAUGAUAAAACUGGAUUCAGUAGCAUCAGCUUAAGAGAUCAUGAAGUCUUAACUAAUUUACCUACUUUAAAUUAAAUAAAUAAAAUAAAAUAACUCAAAUUAGACAUGGGAAUAUUAUAUAAUUCUUAAACUUAAUUAAAUGAAAAAGGUUUGACAUUACUUGCUGAAAAAUUUGUUUAUAAUGAAGAGAGUAAUUGUGAAGAACUCCUAUUGUUUUAAUUACAUUUUAAAGUUCCAAGUGUUAAAGCCUUUAUUAAACCAGCUUAAAAAUUUAGAGAAGAUAUAGAGGCAUAAAAUAGACAAAGCACUUGUUAAUUAAAACUAAAAAUAAUCGUAUUUUAUUAUUCAUUAUAUAUUGCAGAUGAAGGACAUGAAUUGUUGUUGAAGGAUUUAUAUUUUUUUGAAUAUAUAAAUAUAGAAAGGCUAUAAAUGCAAGUAACAAAUUUGAAUAAUGCAAAUUGUAAAUCUAUUUAUACAAACGGUUAGAAUUGGUUAAAAUUUUAAUAAAAAUACAAUAGGUAAUAUAAAAAUUAUUACCCUAUGAAAUAUAUAGAUAUUUCUCGAAAUGAGUUUGUUUAAGAGAAAUAAAUAUGGUCUGAUUUCCUUAACUUUUCAGUUUUCUCAGAUUUGAUGCCUAAUUUGGAUACUUUCAAUAUUAACUUUAUGGCAAUUAAUGAUUUAAUUACUGAAUAUAUUGUGGAAAAUGCGUUAAAUUACUUGAAUCGAAAACCAAAGAAUUUUAAACUACCAGUUAAGAAGAUAAAUUUCUCAUAAAAUAAUUCUUUAACUUAAAGUGGAUGGAAGAAUAUUUUCGAUAACUUCUUUUUACACCCUAAAGUAGAUUUAAUAGAGCUUAAUAUGAUUAGUACAAUGUUGGAUUCUUAGGAGAAACUUGAUGUCAUUUAUUAUUCAUUUAAAUAACGAGUAGAUAGAACCCCAAAUAAAAAAUUACCAAUGUAAAUGUUUCUUUGUUACAAUGUUACCUUAAAGGAUAUGAUCCAACCUUUUUUAUCUGCUUCUCCACCAGAUUAUAAACCUCCUCCUCAUUAAGCUGUGGCUGUUGAUUAUGAAAGUAGUAAGUAUGGAAUUCAUGAUGGAAUCCCUGAAGAAUUUGGAGAAAAAAUUCUCACAUAUUAAAAAUUAUUUUAUCAGUAUCCUGAAUUUAAAGAGACAAAUAAAUGGAAGGAAUUUGAAGAUGUUAAAAUUUCAACAUAUCAUCUAGAUUUUUGUGAACAUUAUUUGAAAAAGAUGAAUGCAUGGUUCAAAUAAAAUUAAAUAAAAAAUCCAUAAAUCUAUUUUAGUUUAAAUACAUUAAAAGAAUUUGCAUCUAUUUUCAGAUAUUGUAGAGAAAGACCAGGAAAACCUUUUCCAUAUUAAAUUGUCUUUUAAAGUGAUACUUUUAAAUUUCUUAAAAGUAGAGAGAGCAUUAUAUACAAACUUAAUUUCAUUUAAAGUGAAUUUUCUCAUUUAGAGAUGAUUGAUUAAUAUGAUAUUAUAAAAAUAUGGAAAUCAAUUAAAACUUGGAGAUCAUCAAUAGAUUAAAUAUAGAUUGAAUAUUCAUUAAAUGAUAAUCUUUGUGAGGAAAUGUUUAGAUAAGGAUAUACAGAGAAAGAUAUAAUCUAGCUAGUUAGAAUUAUACCUCCAAAAUCUGUAAGAAUACAAGGAGGAUUAAGUUUACCUGCUGUAAAAGGAUUGUAUUCAAUACUUUAUGACACUCACUAUUUCCAAUAUUCAAUAGUUAAUUAUAGUUUUCAUUCAUUCUUAAAUACUGGUAUAGGUUACGCUCUUAGAGAAACUGCUUAUAGCUAUUAAGACAAAAAUCUUUUUUCAAAUAAGAUGAAAAAGAUGUUUUAUUCAAUGUUUAAUUUUUUUGUUUCUAAAGCAUAAAAAUUUGAAUUUGAUGAUGAAAUUCUAAAUUUAAACACUUAUCUAUCAAAUAGAAAGAUGUUUUUCUUUUUAAUUGCUUUUAAUAACGUUCUCUUUUGGGCAGUUACUUUGAUAUCCCCAUACUUUUUUACACAUUAUUAUAAUGGAGAUACAAGUAAAGAGGAUAAGGCAUAUUAUUGUGUAGCAGGAACUAGUUAAGAAGCAAAUUAUGUUUAUUAUGGUUUUGCUGCUUUUUCUGCAUUAAUUGAAGCAUUCCUAUUUUAUUAGUUUUAAUUAUAAAUACCUAAUCAUAUUGAAAAAUUGGAUAUUAAAUUAGAAAAGGUUGAUGAAGAAACAGAAUUUAAAAGAGAAAAAAUAGCCAAUUAAGGAUAAGAUGUCAAAAAAAAUUAAAUAGCUCCAUAAUUAUUUGAUAGAGCUAAAAAAACAUACAUGGAUGUUUAAAAGGCUUUUUAAGUGCAAUAGAAGAAAAUAGUAGAAUCAAAAUUCUUACAAAUAUUCAUGGUACUUUUAAACUUAGCGUUUUCAUAAUUAUAUAAAUUUGAUCUAUUUAAUGACGUUGUGUUUAUCUUAACUUGUUUUUAUUGUGAUGAAAGUAUACUUUUUAUUUUAACUUUACUUAUCACAUCAGUCACUUAAGGAAUUUAUAUACUCUAGUUUUUAUAUCUGUUUUAUAUAAGAUUAACUUAAACAGAAACAUCAGCAAAAAUUAUAUCAACUAAAUUUAUAAAUGACAUAUAUUAGAUAGCAUUUUUAGGAAGAAACCAAGCUCUGAGUUAAUAAUUAGAUAAAGUAGCACCAUAUAAUAUUUCCGUAAUUCCUAAUAUAUGGUUAACUAGAACUUUUAUACCAGAUUAAGCAGGUAGGAGUAUGAGUAAUCCAAUUAAAGCAUAUUUUAUGUAGUUUAUGCUUGAAGACAUGCCUUAAACAGCAUUAUAAGCUUAUUUUGUUGUCAAAUAAGGUUUAAAAACAGGAAGUCUAUCUUCGUAAGUUAUUUUUAUCAUAAUUAUAUCUAUCUACAAUUUCUUGUCGUCAUUUUAUCUGUAAGUUUUAUAAUAUAUAUUUUAAGCUUUAUGUCAAUAAGACCAUCUACUUUGAGUUAAGAUGAUUUUGAUAAAUUAUCUAAGAUUAAAAAGAGUUAAUACUUAGAUGUCAAAGAAUAACAUUUAAUUGAAGAAGAAAAAUAAUUGAGGAUAUAUACAGAAAUGUUCACAAAUUCUUCAAGAGUAGCCUCACCUAUAAAAUAAAAUUUAGAUGAGGAGCAUGAAUAGUUAUUGUGA